UUGCGUCAUGAGAGAGUGACAGAGAGAAAGAGAGGGAGAGGGGCUGGAGAGACGAACACACACACACACACACACCGCUCCGAGAGGCGAGCUUCAGCGCACUGACAGUCCACAUCUUACACUGCUGACUCUAACGGCGGAGUCUCUCAGAUAUGGCGGGGCUUCGUUGAGAGGCACAGAAAAUCUCCGAGCACCGAGCACUUCGUUCCUGGACACGCGUCUCCCGCAGCCCUCCUUAUGCACCGCUGCGACGCGGAGAAACGGCAGCAGCGCUGAAAGAGUCGAAGAAAGAGGACGAGAGUGAUUUUUACCCCCUUGAACGGACAAUGGCGGACCGUGAUGCGCUGCCCCUUCCAUUGGAAGUGAGGGCCAGAUUGGCUGAGCUGGAGCUGGAGCUAUCCGAAGGUGACAUCACUCAGAAAGGAUAUGAGAAGAAGAGGUCAAAACUGCUCGGGGCGUAUCUGCCACACCCUCCAGGGCUGGAGGCAUCCAUGGCACACGAGCGCCGGCCGCCCAUGGUGCCCUCCGCUUCACGAUACCACCGUAGACGCUCCUCUGGCACCCGUGAUGAACGUUACCGGUCAGACGUCCACACAGAAGCAGUUCAGGCAGCACUAGCCAAACACAAGGAGAGGAAGAUGGCUGUUCCCAUGCCAUCCAAACGCCGUUCUCUAGUGGUACAGACCUCUAUGGAUGCCUACACCCCCCCAGGCCUCUCCCCCCUCUCCUAUCUGCCCACCCUGACAGACACCUCGUCCGGCUCGGAGGAGGAGGGCGGCCAGGGUGAGGGUACCCCCACCUCCAGCCAGGGCAGCAUCAGCAUGGAGCACUGGAUCAGUCGGGCCAUCCACCAGGGUUCCACCACCUCCUCCUCCUCAUCGUCGACGCAGAGUGGGGGCAGCGGAGCCGCCGGGCGCCUGGCUGACGUCCUGGCUCAAACGCAUGUCGGCAAAUCAGGGCCGAUCGCUCACCUCUCGUUGAAGAGGAAAACUAUGCUCGGCGUAGCAGAGAAUGGAAACUCGCUGCGGCGCUCCUGUGAGUUUGGAUCAGAUCUUCUCUGGCCACCACCCUUGGAGUCUGAGGAGAAUCACUCAGCUCCUCCGGACGUCACCACCUACACCUCCGAACAUCCCGUUCAGGUGGAGAGGCCACAGGUGUCCACCGUUCCCCGGACCACACCCAAAUAUGGCAACGCCGAACUCAUGGAGACCGGAGAUGGAGUCCCAGUUAGCAGUCGUGUUUCGGCAAAGAUCCAGCAACUAGUGAACACACUAAAGCAGCCCAGACGACCUCCACUUCGAGAGUUUUUUGUUGAUGACUUUGAAGAGCUCCUAGAAGUCCAGCAGCCCGACCCCAACCAGCCACGACCGGAGGGCUCUCAGAUGGUCGCCAUUCGAGGGGAACCGCUGGGAGUUGUCACUAAUUGGCCACCAUCUUUAGAAGCUGCACUGCAACGCUGGGGGACCAUCUCGCCCAAAGCACCCUGCCUGACCACCAUGGACACCAACGGCAAACCCCUCUACGUCCUUACUUAUGGCAAGCUUUGGUCUCGGAGCAUCAAAGUAGCGUACAACAUCCUCCACAAACUGGGCACCAAGCAGGAACCUAUGGUCCGACCAGGAGACCGGGUGGCUCUUGUGUUCCCCAACAACGAUCCCGCUGCCUUUAUGGUCGCCUUUUAUGGCUGCCUGCUGGCAGAGGUGGUGCCCGUACCCAUCGAAGUGCCACUUACCCGAAAGGAUGCAGGAAGUCAACAGAUCGGCUUUCUCCUGGGCAGUUGUGGCGUUACUGUAGCUUUGACCAGUGACGCCUGCCACAAAGGCCUUCCGAAAGGACCCACUGGCGAAAUACCACAGUUCAAAGGAUGGCCAAAGCUGCUAUGGUUCGUCACAGAAUCCAAACACCUUUCCAAGCCGCCACGUGAUUGGUUCCCUCACAUCAAAGAUGCAAAUAACGACACCGCCUACAUAGAGUAUAAGACCUGUAAGGAUGGGAGUGUCUUGGGUGUUACAGUGACCCGGAUCGCACUUCUUACACACUGCCAGGCCCUGACACAGUCUUGUGGAUACACAGAGGCUGAAAUCAUAGUGAAUGUAUUGGACUUUAAAAAGGAUGUGGGUUUGUGGCACGGCAUCCUAACUAGUGUCAUGAACAUGAUGCAUGUAAUCAGCAUCCCAUACUCCCUGAUGAAGGUCAACCCUCUGUCCUGGAUCCAAAAAGUGUGUCAAUACAAAGCUAAAGUAGCUUGUGUCAAGUCAAGGGAUAUGCACUGGGCUCUGGUCGCUCACCGAGAUCAGAGAGAUGUCAACCUGAGCUCCCUGCGCAUGUUGGUGGUGGCCGAUGGAUCCAACCCAUGGUCCAUCUCAUCAUGUGACGCGUUCCUCAAUGUCUUCCAGAGUAAAGGUCUGCGGCCAGAGGUCAUCUGUCCAUGUGCCAGCUCAGCUGAAGCCCUCACCGUGGCCAUCAGGAGGCCUACGGAUGACAGUAACCAGCCGCCGGGUCGAGGAGUGCUGUCUAUGCAGGGUCUGAGCUACGGUGUCAUCAGAGUGGACUCAGAAGAGCGUCUCUCUGUACUCACCGUACAGGAUGUGGGCACUGUGAUGCCAGGAGCUCUGAUGUGUGUGGUCAAACCAGAGGGAGUUCCUCAGCUGUGCCGAACAGAUGAGAUCGGAGAGCUGUGUGUGUGUUCCAUCGCCACGGGAAUGUCAUAUUAUGGGCUCUCGGGCAUGACAAAAAACACCUUUGAGGUCUUCCCCAUGACCAGUUCUGGGGCUCCUAUCAGCGAGUACCCCUUCACUCGCACAGGGCUGCUGGGCUUCAUAGGCCCGGGUGGGCUAGUGUUUGUAUCUGGAAAGAUGGAUGGGCUGAUGGUGGUGAGCGGACGGAGACACAACGCUGAUGAUAUCGUCGCAACAGCGCUGGCAGUGGAGCCCAUGAAGUUUGUGUACAGGGGCAGGAUAGCUGUGUUUUCUGUGACGGUCCUUCAUGACGAGAGAAUUGUGGUCGUAGCCGAGCAGCGGCCAGACUCCACAGAGGAGGACAGCUUCCAGUGGAUGAGUCGUGUGCUGCAGGCGAUAGACAGCAUCCACAACGUCGGGGUGUUUUGCUUGGCAUUGGUGCCAGCUAACACCCUUCCCAAAACUCCUCUGGGAGGGAUCCACCUGUCGGAGACCAAGCAGCUGUUUUUGGAAGGCUCCCUGCAUCCCUGUAACGUCCUAAUGUGCCCUCACACCUGCGUCACCAACCUGCCCAAACCCAGACAGAAACAGCCAGAGAUUGGCCCCGCCUCUGUGAUGGUGGGAAACCUGGUCUCGGGGAAGAGGAUCGCUCAGGCCAGUGGCAGAGAUCUGGGCCAGAUCGAAGACAAUGAUCAGGCAAGAAAGUUCCUCUUCCUGUCUGAGGUGUUGCAGUGGAGAGCCCAGACCACUCCUGAUCACGUGCUCUUCACCCUCCUCAGCUCAAGGGGAACAGUCCUGAGCUCACUGACGUGUCUUCAGUUGCAUAAGCGGGCGGAGAAGAUAGCCGCCAUGUUGAUGGAGCGAGGCCACCUGCAGGACGGUGAUCACGUUGCGCUGGUGUACCCGCCUGGAAUCGAUUUGAUCGCUGCCUUUUACGGAUGCUUGUAUGCCGGCUGUGUACCGAUUACAGUGCGACCCCCACACCCGCAGAACAUCGCCACCACCCUGCCCACUGUGAAAAUGAUUGUGGAAGUGAGCCGAUCGGCCUGUGUGAUGACCUCACAGGUCAUCUCCAAGCUCCUGAAGUCAAAGGAGGCGAUUGCCGCAGUGGACAUCAGGUCGUGGCCUCCUGUUCUGGACACAGAUGAUCUGCCAAAGAAGAAGCCUCCUCAGCUCUACAAACCCUCCAAUCCAGACACGCUGGCUUACUUGGACUUCAGCGUCUCCACUACCGGGAUGCUUGCAGGAGUAAAGAUGUCCCACACAGCCACCAGUGCCUUUUGCCGCUCUAUAAAGCUUCAGUGUGAGUUGUAUCCCUCUCGUGAGGUGGCCAUCUGCCUGGAUCCGUACUGUGGCCUCGGCUUUGUCCUCUGGUGCCUCUGCAGUGUGUAUUCAGGGCAUCAGUCCAUCUUGAUUCCCCCGUCCGAGCUGGAGGUGAACCCCGCUCUGUGGCUGCUGGCUGUCAGUCAGUUUCGGGUCAGAGACACGUUCUGUUCGUACUCCGUCAUGGAGCUUUGCACCAAGGGGUUGGGCCUGCAGACAGAAUCCCUCAAGUCCCGUGGACUUGACCUGUCCCGCGUGAGGACGUGUGUGGUGGUCGCUGAGGAGAGGCCCAGGAUAGCCCUCACCCAGUCCUUCUCCAAGCUCUUUAAAGACCUGGGCCUGCACCCGCGAGCCGUCAGCACUUCCUUCGGAUGUAGAGUGAACCUGGCCAUCUGCCUGCAGCCCCACAGACUCGGGAAGCUUGCGGAUCAGGGGACAUCAGGACCAGACCCGACUACUGUGUAUGUGGACAUGAGAGCUCUCCGACAUGACAGAGUGCGGCUGGUCGAGCGAGGCUCCCCACACAGUCUCCCUCUCAUGGAGUCUGGGAAGAUUUUACCCGGAGUUCGAAUCAUCAUCGCCAAUCCUGAAACCAAGGGCCCGCUGGGAGACUCCCAUCUAGGGGAGAUCUGGGUCCACUGCACCCAUAACGGCAGCGGUUACUUCACGGUGUACGGUGAUGAGGCCCUGCAGUCUGAUCACUUCAACUCACGCUUGAGCUUCGGGGACACACAGACCGUAUGGGCACGUACCGGCUACCUGGGCUUCCUCCGCAGGACCGAGCUCACAGAUGCAAGUGGAGAGCGGCAUGACGCUCUGUAUGUAGUGGGCGCUCUGGAUGAAGCCAUGGAGCUGAGAGGAAUGAGGUAUCACCCCAUCGACAUAGAGACCUCUGUGAUACGCACACACAAGAGCAUCAUGGAAUGUGCGGUGUUUCCCUGGACCAACCUGCUGGUGGUGGUCGUGGAGCUGGAAGGUUCAGAACAGGAAGCUUUGGAUCUGGUUCCUUUGGUGACCAACUCGGUCCUGGAGGAGCACUACCUGAUCGUAGGCGUGGUGGUGGUGGUGGACAUUGGCGUCAUUCCCAUCAACUCUCGCGGAGAGAAACAGAGGAUGCACCUGCGAGACGGCUUUCUAGCCGAUCAGCUGGACCCCAUUUAUGUGGCAUAUAACAUGUAGCAUGAGUGUUCGCGUGUAUGUUAGCGUGCGUGUGUUUAACUGACUGCACAUGACCGCUUGGGCGAUCUUUCGCAAAUGAACACUUACUGGGAGAGACUUUGAGAAGUGAUAACCAAGCCAAACGGCAAAACAGAUUGGCAGAAGGAUUCGGUCUCCUGAAGGGAAGAGGAAUCGCUUUUGCUUCUGCUUGUGCGCCUGUGCGUCGCUUUGUUUUCAUGUGAGGUGUUGCGACAUCAUUAAUUUUUUAUCCGCCCUAUAUGAGCGAAGGGUAUUUUUAAAUGUGGCGAAAUGUGCGUUUUAGGUUUCCCGAUGAUUUGGAGAGUAACUUGUGGAAAGUAGACGUGAUAUCACGCCAUUUCUGGCCAUUCAUUUAAACAACAAAAAAAAAAAGG